AACGUGCGUUCGAACGCGAUCUAUCGGUCAAUGGUGCAGAGCGUCCACAGAAUUUACGUUGUAUAUUGGUCGAAAGUUAAGUUCGAAAGUGCGUUCGUCGAGUGUGACUGAGCCUUUAGGAAAGCUGCGGCUGCCGCUCGAACAAUAUCUGAAGCUCAUAAAUGCUUUUCGAUACCUAUUUAUUAUUUGACGCUAGAAGGUAUUUAUAGGGAAAUAAAGAUUAGAGGAAUUCUGCUUUUAUUAUGUAUGUUCAUACAGUGAAUUAAGUAUUUAAUGAACCAUAUACUGAAACAGAGUCGAUUAAGGUUUAGCAAGAAGUUUCUUUCAUGAUGGAUGGAGUACCCGGCAGUGAGGGUCAGCCGACGAUGCUGGACCCGCAGCAAUUACGACAAAUGGAACAGCAAGAAAUGGAGAAACAAUUUGCCAGUGUUCCACAGUCGAUGUAUGGAGAUCAUUCGAGCAAUGGUCAUCCCCCAAUGGGAAUGGAGUUACCUAGUUUGCUAAGCCUAAAAGUUAUGCCUCCAGGAGAAAUACAAGAUCCUAAUAUGGGUGAUAGGGAGAUCAGAGCUGGGGAUAUGGAGUCUAUGAAACUUCCUGCUGCCUUGGAGCAAGCUCUCGCUUUUAAAACAGAACGCGCUAAGGAAGUAGGGAGUGAUGCUAAUACGUUACUUCCUCCUGGAGAUUCAGCAAUGCCAGACAUUCCUGGAGAAGAGUUGAUUCAUUUAGAUGAGCCAGUACCAGAGGUGGAGAUUACAAAAGUAAAAUCCGAUCCACGUGCUGCUCGCACCAAAAAGAAGAAGAAAAAGAAGAAGAAGAAAAUUGAGGAAAAGAAAGAACUUGAGAAGAAAGACAAUAUUGACAAUAAGUCUGAUAAAGACAAACCUGAAGUUGAAUAUAUUCAGGAUGUUCCUGGAAUUGCUGAUUUAGAGCCAAUGUAUCGACAGUUUGCUAGAGUUUUUGAGGCUUUCAAACUCACUGAACGUGAACCGCAAAAUAAUGGGCCUUCCGAUAUCGGUGAAAUAAUUGGCCAGUAUCCUCCAGUAAAAAAUCCAGCAGGUACUGGCAGUGCACCCAGCAAAGUCCCUCCUAUCGAUGAUUUUGAUGAUGAUCAGGGACUGAAUCAACGUAGCACGACAGAGAACGGAGCACCAAGGUUAUCAAAAAGAAAAUUGAAAAGACUCACCAGGCUCAGUGUGGCAGAAUUAAAACAAUUAGUGGGGCGUCCUGACGUUGUCGAAAUGCAUGACGUCACAGCCAGAGACCCAAAAUUGUUGGUACAACUUAAAGCUCACAGAAAUACUGUGCCUGUUCCACGUCACUGGUGCUUCAAGAGAAAAUACCUUCAGGGAAAGCGUGGUAUUGAAAAGCCGCCUUUCGAUCUGCCUGACUUCAUAAAACGUACGGGAAUUACGGAAAUGAGAGCCAGCCUCCAGGAACGCGAUGAUUCUCGAACAUUGAAGGCCAAGAUGCGUGAACGCGCCAGACCCAAACUUGGAAAAAUUGACAUAGAUUAUCAAAAGCUCCAUGAUGCUUUCUUUAAAUGGCAAACAAAGCCCCGAAUGACAAUUCAUGGAGAUUUGUAUUACGAGGGCAAAGAAUUUGAAACUCGUCUCAAGGAGAAGAAACCUGGAGAAUUAUCCGAUGAAUUGCGUACCGCCCUGGGCAUGCCAGUUGGCCCAAAUUGUCACAAAGUUCCACCGCCAUGGCUCAUUGCCAUGCAGCGAUACGGCCCGCCUCCUAGUUAUCCCAAUCUGAAAAUCCCAGGUCUUAACGCUCCAAUUCCCGAAGGAUGUGCCUUUGGUUAUCACGCUGGUGGCUGGGGUAAGCCUCCGGUAGAUGAGACUGGUCGUCCCUUGUACGGAGAUGUGUUUGGUCUUGCGAGGGCUCCAGGAAGCGAUGCUCUCGACGAGGAGGUCGAUCGGGGUAUGUGGGGCGAGCCAGAAUCUGAAUCUUCUGGCGAAGAAGAUGAAGAUGAGGAUGGGGAAGAAGGAGCCGAUGGAGAAGUUGAUGGAAAGGAUAUUGAUGGAGAUGCCAGUGGGCUUGUAACACCAGGAGCUGAAGGUCUAAUUACUCCUAGUGGAAUUACGUCCAUACCAGCAGGACUUGAGACUCCCGAGACUAUCGAACUUCGAAAGAAGAAAAUUGAGAGCGAAAUGGAAGGUGGAGAAACUCCAGCACUUUACACUGUCUUGCAAGAAAGACGUGCAGAAGGUCUUGGAGCUAGCAUGAUGGGAAGUACUCAUGUUUACGAUAUGACUGGUGCUGGCGGACAAGCACCGCCGUCCGUAAUUGCUGCAAGGCGAGGACUUGGAUCGGCUCCUGGAGAUCCUAGAACAGAAAAAGAUGGAACUGUAGAAUUAGCACUCGAUCCUAGCGAGCUUGAUUUAGACUCUGAAGCCAUGGCUUCUCGUUACGAAGAAACGAUGAGGUCCAGACAGGCUCAUCUUCGGCGUGAAGAUCUUACAGAAAUGUUACAGGAUCACGUCCAACGGCAAAAGAGCAAACGGAAGCGUCAACAAACUCAGGAAGCAAAAUCUUCGAAGAAGUACAAGGAAUUCAAGUUCUAGGCACAUUAUAUUAUUUAGAGUAUAAAUCGUGUAAAUAUAUUCCGCCAUAUACCAGCAAUUUCACAGAACCCUAUAAAAAUAAAUGUUCUUUAAAACUGUCAA